AUGGAUGAAAUGGAUGUUCCUUCCCUUUUUCUCUGCCCCAUUUCCUUGGAGCUCAUGAGAGAUCCUGUCACAGUAUGCACAGGAAUCACCUACGACAGAGAGAACAUAGAGAGAUGGUUAUUUUUAUGCAACAACAACACAUGCCCUGUAACUAAGCAGUCACUCAUACACACAGAUCUCACCCCAAACCACACUCUCCAACGUUUGAUCCAAGCUUGGUGCACCCAUAAUGCCUUUUUUGAAAUUGAAACUAUUUCUUCAACUUCAAAUCCAACCUUUGACAAAUCCCAGGUCGUCAAACUCCUCUUAGAAGCAAAGAAGUUCCCAGAAAAACAGCUCAUGUGUCUUAGAAUGCUUCAAUCUCUUGCUUUUGAAAGUGAAAGUAACAAAACCUGUUUGGAGUCUGUAGGGGUGAUAGAUUUUUUGGCUUCUACCAUGAUGAUGAGCAAUAGCCAAGACGGUUCAAAUUCAACUGUUAUGAGUAGUGAAGCAGCUAUUGACGUCUUGUUUCACCUAAAGCCUUGUGAAGAUCAGCUUAAGAACCUAAUGGACAACAAGGGUAUUCAAUUUAUUGAGUCUUUGUUUCAGGUUUUGAAGUUUGGAAACUACCAAUCUCGAGCUUAUGCAACUACGCUUUUGAAGUCAGCAUUUGAGGUGGCUGGUCCAACCCAAUUGAACAGUGUAAGAAUAGAACUUUUUGUGGAGAUAUUAAGAGUGUUAACGGAUCAGGUUUCAGACCAAGCUUCUAAGGUAGCAUUGAAGCUUCUUGUGGAGUUGUGUUCAUUGGGUAGGAACAGAAUCAAAGCUGUUGAGGGUGGUGCUGUUUUAGUCCUCAUUGAGCUUCUUCUUGAUGUUUCUGAAAGAAGAGAAUGUGAACUCAUGUUGUUGGCUUUGGACAGACUUUGUGGCUGUGCAGAAGGAAGAGCUGAGUUGUUGAACCAUGGAGCUGGAUUGGCGAUUGUGUCCAAGAAAAUUUUGAGGGUUUCUCAUGUGGCAAGUGAUAGAGGGGUUAAAAUUUUGACCUCCAUUUGUAGGUAUUCAGCUACACCUAGAGUGCUUCAUGAAAUGUUGCUAUUUGGAGCUGUGUCAAAGUUGUGUUUGGUGCUUCAAGUGGAAGGUAGUUUCAAGGCUAAGGAGAGGGCUAAAGAGACACUCAAAUUGCACUCUAUGGUUUGGAGGAAUUCCCCAUGUAUUCCAGAUCCUUUGCUUGCAUACUAUCCAUGA